AUCUCGGUACAGAGGUGUCAGUGAAAAGUCCCGAGUGACAUCGUAAAAUGUGUUCAAAGUGUCGGUGCCACGUAAUGAAAACUCGAACUAUACGUUGGUACAUUCGAUAGACAUGGCAGCGCUCGUUCGUCUUAAACGUGGAAGUGUCCAGUUGAGACAUGCGGCGCGGGAAAUGAAAGCGGCUGUACGAGCGCGACACAUCGUUGCAGCGCUCGUAGCAGUGGGGUUUGCGCUUUGCGGUGCAGUUGAAGUCAGCUCUUCAGUUGCAUUGCUUGCCAAUCAGAAAGACAAUCAUGCCAUCAUCGACACAUCCUGGCAUUGUGACAUGCUGGUCAACGUCAGUAGUCGUAACCGAACAGAAGAUUUCGAAGUUAUACUUAUGGAGUUACCACCCGAGGAACGUACAGAGUCCAUAAUGAGAGAAGCGUUUCUAUGGGGACAAGUUGCUGGGCCAAUUUUGGGAGGGUGUUUGGUAUGGGGAAGAUCGGGACCAUCGAUGGUGUUUUCGCGCGCGGUUCUCAGCGCAUGUUUGGCGUCUUUGUUGGUACCAGCCGCAUGGAGAGGUCCGUCGCACGUGGCUCUUCGUCUUUUUCAGGGAUUGUGUACGGGUGCAACUAUGCCUGCAGCACACAUGUUCGCAAUGACAUGGUUCAAAAGCAAUCACAGAAGCUGGUACUUCAGUUGCUAUGCUGCUGUCAGUGUUGGAUACUGCCUCACGGGGUGGUUAGGUACAGCCAUGGUUCGAAGUUUCGGUAGAGACUCUCUCUGUUAUGGUCUCGUCCUCGUUGCAUUAUGUUGGUACUUUGCUUUCGGGAGAUUCGUGAAGGACACUCCGAAAUCGUAUCAACACGACACAAAUGCAGCUGUAAUUCCAUGGGGAAAACUGCUGCGAUCUGUUCCUGUAUGGGCGUCUGCUGUAGCAACCAUGGGUAACCAAUGGGGUGAUGCCACCCUUGCUCUUGGUAUGACAAAGUAUCUGAAACUCAUCUACGGAUUCUCUACAGCCAAUGAUUCCGUUCUCACAACAUUACCUCACAUCGGCCAUUUUAUGGCGGCAUUAACAUGCGGUCUACUUGUGGAUCACGUACGUGAAUCUAAAAUAGUUUCAACAACCACAGCAAGGAAGCUGGUAGUUUACACUGCUCAUUUCAUACCAGCAGCCCUGCUCUUUGUUGCCGGCUAUGCCGGUUGUCAAGCUCUGGGGGCAGCCUGGUUGGGCAUAGCUGCUCUCCUAGUUUCUGGAACUGCACCCGCAGGUGCUCUAGCAGCUAUAGCAGACCUUGCACCUGUUGAAUCUCCAGCCUGUGCAGCGGCUGCAUGUGCAUUAUGCUCUACGUUAGGGGCAGCGGGAUUAUUAGCCGCUAAUUACUUUGUUACCCAAGCUCUGCAUGGUUCUAUUGCAGGAUCUUGGCGGCUAGUUUUCGGCGUUGCUUCGGUUGUUCUUCUAUCAACCGCUGCUGUUUUCCUGGCCCUUGGAAAAGGCGUUCCACAACCGUGGAUUGCAUCUGUCGACCGCCCACGAAGUCACGACGCCAUUUACGAACAAGAUGCCUUGGAACUCGAUUACGAGGACGUAGGUGUACAAACAGAGCCUUUCAGUCCUUAUUCUCUGGAGGACGAUGCUGAGAGUGCGAAAAAUGUGCCCCGUUCUGCUUCGGUUCACUCGAAAGUUUCGCAAGCGUCUAAUUGAAUUUGUCGGGGAUUGUCGUAUUUAUUCAGUAUUUUAAAGGUAUUCGAGUGUUAUGAGUCAUGCAAGCAUUCGUACCCUCACUUUUAUUAUGAAAUUCUGACCGAUAGCGACUGCGUUGAAAUUUACGGAAUCUUAAGGUGCAACCAUUAUUGGCAAAAAUCAAUUUAAUUCGACAAAAUUGCAAUUUAAAUUUUUGUUACACAUUUUGCCGUUUUUAUUUUAUUUUGUAGGAAAUUUUUUUUGCACUUUCUAAUGGACUGCAAACGGUUCAUAUUUUAUUUUUGAAAGAUUUAAAUUUUAAUGAAACUGUUCUUAUUUGAGUUACAAUUUGUUUAAGAAAUUAAUUCUUUGAGAUUUGAUUUUAUUUUAGGAAAAAAUUUAAUUUUUUUUAUUUUUGUUGAUGAACAUUUAACUAAGUCAGAGUCAGGAUUUUGUAAAGGCACUAUAAAAAAUGUGAAGUAUAAGUAGGUUAAGAAUGUCCAUACAUUAAUGACGUAUGAAAGAAUAAAAAUCCAAUAUAAUACAUUUAGAAUAGAUUAUAUUUGACUAGUUUGAAAGAGAAGAAUUAUGUAUUUGCAUGAACAUGCUCAGUAAUAAUGUAGGAUAUAUAUGUAAUAAUUAUAAAUUGAAAAUUGAUAAAUAAUCAAUUUAUCAAUUUUAAGUUUGAUAAUCUAUCAAUUCCUUAUUUAGAUCACUGAUAAAAAUCUCCAUACUUUAGUUUAAAACCGUAUGCACAUCUUUUGUAAUUUUAAGCACACAUGAGUUAUCACGAUAAUACACAUGUGUUUCACGAGAAAUAUUGAAAAUUGCAGAUUUUUCAAAAUAAAAUGUUACAACAAAAGUUCUGUCUUGUUACAUUGAAACAAGUUUGUGAUCUUUUGAAAAAUGAACAAUUUUAAAUUUUGACUCUUUCUGAAAAUAUUUGAAAUAUAUAUACAUGUAUGAAGCACCUCAUGUGUGUGAAUUAGCAAAUGAUUAUUUAGCGAAAUGAUUGAUAAGUUUAGAAUAAAUGUGUUCCAAUAUUGUGUAUAUAGCGUGUAUUAUAGAUAAGAUAAUUUUUAACUAGAACUAGUG